CGCAGAGUUCCUAUUGCGCCCUCAUGCGACUUUGUCGUCAGUUCUUGUGCACUGGAGUUUGAGUAGACUCUGUGUGGAAGCACGCGUUAACAUGCGCGAAGUUUAAACUGAAGGCAUGUCUGCUCACUGUGCGCCCUUUAAGCGUAUGUUAAAGCGUAUUACGUCUGACUUGAAAUUAUGCGUCCCGUGUUCCUGGCUUCACUGUACAGUCGGCUUCUCUCAUGGCAGAGUGAGUGUGAACACGCAGUUAGAGAGGGUUAUGGAGCCACGGCGUUUCCUUCAGCACUCGUCCCAGCGCCAUUCAACUAAUCAAACAAUGGAUGCAAUAGCACGUGUAAAGAGGCUCUCUAUUGAGGGCAACAUAGCGGUCGGGAAGUCCACUUUUGCAAGGUUGCUGAGCAACGCAGGGCGAAACUGGGAGGUCACACCUGAACCUGUUAGCAAAUGGCAAAAUGUUGAAGAGGCAAUUUCACAAAUAAGACAGCCAGUACCGUCUCCCCAGCAAACAGCCAGCAAUCUGUUGCAAAUGAUGUAUCAAGACCCCAAACGCUGGUCCUACACCUUUCAGACAUUUUCCUGUAUGAGCCGUAUGCGCACGCAGCUGCAGCCGCCUCCUGUACGGCUACUGCAAACAAGAGACGUUGCUGUACAGAUGUAUGAACGUUCCAUCUACAGUGACAGGUAUAUUUUUGCUCAGAACAUGUUUGAGCUAGGUGGUAUAAACUCCACAGAGUGGGCUGUAUAUCAGGACUGGCAUUCCUUUCUUGUUGAGCAGUUUGGUCCUAAGGUACAACUAGAGGGAAUCAUAUACCUUAGGGCGCCUCCUCAGACCUGCAUGGAGCGGCUGACCCGCCGGGGUAGAGAAGAGGAAAAGGGAAUACAGUUGGACUACCUUGAGACACUACAUAAGCAGCAUGAGAACUGGCUCAUAAACAAAUCUACAAAGGUUCACUUUGAACACCUAAAAAAUAUUCCAGUUCUGGUGCUGGAUGGUAGUCUGGAGUUUGAGAGUGAUUCUGAGAUGCAGACCAAGUUUAUAACAGAGGUCACUAACUUCUUACAGGAAUUAUGAAUAUCAGAGGAAAGGACCAAACACAAAUCCCGGACCUCUGGACCAUCUACUGUUUAUCCAAGCUUUAUACAGUUUGUAUUAGCUUUGAAUUUUUUUCAUUAUUUGACAACCUCACAUAACUAUAAAUUAUUCAUAAUAAUAAAUUCUGCCAAAACUGGAGUAUUACCAGAGCUAAUACCUUCCAAGAAACAUAGACAAGAUGCCUCUAAAAGUAUAUUUGAGGGACAGACUACAGUGUAUGCAUCUUUUAUACAUUUGUUACAAGUUCUGAAGACUGUGAAAGCAUAUAUAUAUAUAUAUAUAUUUUACCAUGGACAUUACAGAGAUAAAAUUAUAAAUUUAUAUACAUACGUAGAGUAUAUAGUGAAUAUAAAAAGUCUACACAUAUGUUUUAGGGAAAAAAGAAAAAACUUAAAAUAUCCUGGUUGCACAAGUGUGCACACCCUUUUUAUAAUGUGACUGUGCUCAGAAUUAACCAGUGACAUGUUCAAAAGUAAUUAUCAUACAUCUGUCAUCAAUUAAAUUAUUCUGAUUAACCACAAAUAAAGAUCGGCUCUUUCUGUAGAAUUUUCAUGACAUCAUCUUAGUUUCAUCCGACUGCUGAAGCCACGGUCCACAAAGACCUUACAAAGCAAGUACAGGAUCUUAUUGUCGAAAGGCAUCGAUUAGGUGAGAGGUACAAAAGAAUUUCAAAAAUAUUAGAUGUACCAUGGAACACCAUGAAGGCCAUCAUCAACAAGUGGAGAAAAUGGGGCACCACAGUGACAUUACCAAAAACAGGAUACCUCUCCAAAAUAGAUGAAAAACAAGAAGAAAACUUACCAGGGAGGCUGCCAAGAGACCUACAGCAACAUUAAAGGAGCUGUAGGAAUAUCUGGCAACCACUGGUCACUCCCUGCAUGUGACAACAAUCUCUCACAUUCUUCACAUGUCCGGGUUAUGGGGUAGGAUGCCUAGACGGAAUCCCUUCCUCCUAGAAAAAACAAACAAACUAAAUCACCCUAAACCAUGGCAAAAUGUGAUCUGAUGAGAGCAAGGUAGAACCUUUUGGGCAAAAUAGAAAAUAUAUUUGGCGCUAAAACAAUACGCAGAAGGGUGCCUUUGGAUUCACUAUACUGAUGCUCAGUAAUCCUGUGGUUAUCAGUGAAAUCCCAAUUUCUUCAGCUCUCCGAUGCAAAAGUCAACACAUAUACUGGCUUUGUGGAAGAACCAUGUGCUUCAAAGGUGAAUUAAUGACCAAAACAGUCCAAAAUAAAAACUCUCUUGAUUUUCUAUUCAUGUUGUUCUUUAGUAUUAGCCCUAUCUGCAUAUUGUUAUAAUAUUUUUAUUUUUGUAAUAUGUGCAGUUGUUUAUUACUUGAUUAUGGAAGUCUCUUCAUUAAUGUUAUUUUUGGUUCUCUGUCAUGUUUUGGGGAAAUGUACUGUGUCUGUAACAGUCUCCUAUAGAUACAUUGUAGUAUAAGACCUUAUGUUUUCAAAACUGUAUUUAUUUUUGUGGUUUAUUUCUAAGAAUAAAAAUUUUUUCCACCAAACAAGUGAGUGUAUCAGUAUUCACAA